AGGUCGACAUUGUCUGUGUCCUCGCUCGUCCACCACCAAGCUCUAUCCUAGUCGGACGCAAUGUUGCGAGCCCGUAGUCUACUCCUCACACGAAAUAUUUACAGAACAUACGCGACUGCGGCGCGUCCGCACGCGUUGGUACUUCUGGAACACAGAGAUGGAGCCAUCGAAGCGGGUUCGCUUUCUGCUCUGACCGCGGCGCAGCAACUAGGUGGGGAAGUCACUGGCCUUGUGGUGGGAGCUCCAGAGCAAGUGGAGGGCAUCCUCUCUAAAGCCAAGAAAUUGAAGGGCUUGACGGCUGUACUCCACUCGUCUUCGCCUCAAUACAGUCACCCUUUGCCUGAAGUUGUGUCUCCUUUGUUGGAGAAGCUUCUCAGCAGCUCUCCCUUCACGCACGUUGUUUCAGCACACUCUUCUUCGGCCAAAUCCCUGUUACCUCGUGUAGCUGCGAGGCUCGACGUUCCAGCCGUCUCUGACAUCACAUCUCUGGAACAUGACACCUCCUCAAAUUCGACGACGUUCACUCGACCAAUCUACGCUGGGAAUGCAAUCGCCACCGUGCGCGCAUCCUCGUCUAUACCUAUCAAGUUCUUCACCGUACGAUCAACGGCGUUCAAAGCUGCCGCAACGGAUGACUCGGCCGAUGUCAACGCUACAGCUGUCGAUCCGUUAGAAGUCCCUGACUCCCCUACCCAACAUGUCAAGACAGAAAUCACAAAAUCCGACCGCCCCGACCUCGGUGUCGCCAGCCGAGUAGUUUCCGGUGGACGUGCUUUGAAGAAUGCGGAGACUUUCAAAUCUACGCUUGAGCCCCUCGCUGACGCUCUUGGCGCCGCCAUUGGUGCUUCACGAGCUGCUGUGGAUGCUGGCUAUGCGGAUAAUUCUCUGCAGGUUGGUCAGACUGGUAAAGUUGUUGCACCCGAGUUGUACAUGGCUAUCGGUAUCUCCGGCGCUAUCCAGCAUUUGGCUGGAAUGAAGGACUCAAAGUUGAUUGUCGCGAUCAACAAGGAUGCGGAUGCGCCAAUCUUCCAAGUCGCCGAUGUUGGACUGGUGGCAGACUUGUACGAAGCUGUUCCGGAGUUGGUCAACAAAUUGAAAGCAUGAUCAUAUCGAUAUUGUUUCCGUACUAUACACAAACAGGGCUGUGAUAUCGCUCUCGUGCAACCGGAAUAACAAAAAAUCGAAGGAAAAAUCAGACUAAAGCUUGUGUUUGACUCCUAGACCCCUCAUUCGCUUCAACGCUCUUUCUACUUCCUCUUCUGGUGUUGACUCCCACAACCAAGACCACUGCGCAUCAAUGGCAGGUCCCAGAGAGGUAUAGUUGUCUUGAAAAAUGCUAUUGAAUUCAUACAUCUUCCCUGAGACGGCCGAUUCACGAAGUACGCGGUUUGCAAAGGGCAGCCGGAUGGAUUCAUAUGCUGACAGAGCUUUCCAGAGAUUGAGCGCUGUAAUGGAUGGCUCACCUAGGAGCGCUGCAAGGAUGUACGCAUCCUACGUUGAUGUACAUCAGAAAUUUGGAGUUCUACUUCCGCAAGAAGCGUAUGAAUGUACCUC